AUAGCGUGAACAAUCGCGCAGUGGGCUUUUUUCGACUUUUGGGCUAGCAAGAUCACACACAACACGCACAUCACGAACCGGACCAAACCUCCGGCGCCGCCCGCCGCCGCCGCCGCCGCCUACACAACCCCCCCUCGCCCCCCGCCGCGCCCUCCUCUCCGUACGUGGAGCGCAUGCAAAUCCCCUCGCGCUCGAUUCUUCGCCUCCUCCGACGCCCCAUCGUCGCGCCUUAUUCUUGCCUGCGGCACCGCAUCUCGAUCCCCUCCCGCGAUCUCUCCUCUCCUCCAUGGCUACCUCUGGUCCGGCUCGCGGGUGGCUACCGGGCUUGCGCGAAGAAUCGCUUCAGUCACGGGGACGCUUAACCCUCCUGCCAGUCGUGUUUCUCGAUUUCCUGGAUCUCGGAACAUGGCCAGCGGCAGUGGAGUGGAAGGCGAGGGAUUGGGUAUACCAUACAGGCGCCGCUUCAUCCCAUUUGCCAACGAUCCUAUCCACACAACCAAAGAUAAUAUCAUUUCUAUGGACAAGCACCUUCCCAUCACCCAAGGCAAGGACAGUGCUGCAACUAAGGAGUUCAUCUCUUGUUAUGGCCAUUGCCGUCCUACCACGUAUGGCGAUGAAGAUGCUUCUAGGACAGCUGUGGAGGUCACCGGUGGUAAACAAGAUCCAAGGGGGGCAGUUCAGAACCUAAUAGAUGGUGAAGUGGCAGUUCAGGAGCUAAUAGAUGGUGAAGAAAUUGCAAGGAACCAAAGGGCCAGUGAGGUUAGUGACAACGAUGGAUAUGAAGAGUUCAAUGAUCGUGCCGUUAACUACCACUGUGACUGUCAUGUUUGGACGCCACUUAUUGCAAGCAGCCACCGUGACGGUUCUAUAUACGAUACCAGGGGCACCUUUGGAUCUGGGUGGAAAUGGGAUUAUCGUAUUGCAGAUCGUAACGAGACUCGGUUGGAGGCAAUGAUGUUAUCACAUCCCACGAAAGAUUGCUACAUGAGGGAUGGAACUUGCAUAUGGCAUCCUGCAAAUAGCAUGUUGCAAAUUUUCUCAGUAAAGUUGGCUAAAACUCCUGUAGUUGAUGGCUCAAUUGAAUUGUAUGGAUACAUUGCUGUGCGGGACCUUCAGGAUCCAUUACUUAAUUAUAUAGUCAAAAUUGGCAGGGAUGAUCCCAUCAUUGUGGAGCAGGGUUCCCUCAUCGAAAUGACUGGCCCUAAGCGAGGGAUCGACUUUUCUUGUGCUGUUCUAGUUGAAUAUGACAUGAGAAUCAAGACAGGAGAACGAGAGGAAGAUGAUCUACAACUGAUUGAUGGUGCAACAGAUCUUGACCAUAUAUUGACAUCACAUGUACCAGUGAGAAAUCGCAUUUAUGGAGAUUGCGGCGCAGUUGACAUAACUCAAGCGAAUCUUUUGUAUGCAUUUGAGGCGACUGUAGAAGUCGUCAUAUCAGAAGUGCAGACUAGUUUUGAUUUGUGUCUCAGCUGUUUUACCAGUGGGUUACAUGAGGAAAUUCGGCUCUUUGAUGGUGCGAUCAGUGAGUCACGUGACUUGAGGAGGUAUGUGAUUGCUGUCAUGGAACAUGAGUGUAUGGAUUUGAAGUUCAAGGUAGGUUUAGGGUCUGGGUGUUUCGCUGAACAUUGUCGAUCCUUCAAAGCAACUAAUCAUGGAUGUGCCAGUGAACAAAUAAAGAUUGAGUUCGCCUCAAUCUCGGUGAAGGUCACUUGGUCGGCUAUGGAGUUCUAGAAGGGUACUUAGCGUUUGGACAUUUUUUUUUUAUUUGUUACUCCCUCAGUUAUUGUAAGACUUUCUAGCAUGUUCAUAUUCAUCUGGAAUAAGUUCAUCUAAGGUCCCUUAACUUGUCAA